AUGUGGCUUCCGUGGGGAUCCUCCUCCAGUCCAUCCAAUAAACCCCCACCCAAACCCGAGCCACCUACGAAGAAUGUCCCACCAUUACCAGUCUGGAACGAGUGGAUGCGAUCACUGCCGAGCGAGCCCUCGGAAUACCCCGCCUAUAUGGUCGAACGACUACGGUCGUUACCCCCAGAAGCAUUAGUCGUUGUGUUUGCAGCGGGGGGUGCAUCUGCGCUUGGCACGGCCGCUCUAUACCGCCGGUAUCUGUGGAGGAUACCCACUGCUGGUUGGGUGACCCCGGAUAUGCUAAAGUCACAGAGGCGAUGGGUGAAGGGCUAUGUUACGACAGUUGGUGAUGCUGAUGGCUUCCGACUGUAUCAUACGCCGAGCAUUGGCUGGCGAUGGCCGCUGAAGUUCAGGCAUGUACCUUCGCUGAAGAGGAAGAAUGACGCCAUGGAUGACAAGACUCUGGUAAUUCGUCUCGCCGCAGCCGAUGCACCCGAGCGCACUCAGGAGGGCUAUAACGAGGCGAAGGAAUGGCUCACUGAGCGAGUCGGAGGCCGCUUCGUGUACUGCCAGCUCUUCAGCAGAGAUCGCUACGAGCGACUCAUCGCAGAUGUGCGUGUGCCUCAUAGAUUUUUGCCCGGUAUGCUCUUCAAGGGCCCUUCGGUGUCGGUUGAUAUGAUCCGGGACGGUUGGGCCGUCGUUUACGAGCAGAAGGGGGCGCAGUACGGCAAGUACGGACUCGACUAUUUCAAAGUGCUGGAGGGAGAGGCCAUAGCCGCGCGAAGGGGGAUAUGGACGAAUGGAACGCUGGCCGAAAGCCCUGCGGACUUCAAGAAGCGUGUCAAGGAGCGCAAGAAAGCGAAGAUGGAAGACAUCGAAGAAGGAUUCGAAAUGCCGGUGCAGGGCGGAUCUGCCGGCCGUGGUAUCGUCAGGCGGCUACUGGGUUGGUGA